GCACAUACACCGCUUAAGUAACAGCUUUAUCAACCUGUGGACAUAUUUUCUGACACUAAUUAAAAUUAUGGCUUCUGCUUUAAUAAUUUCUUUCUCAUUUUUUAUUUUCUUCGGUAGCAAGAAGGCUAGAAGGAAAAACUAGCUCUCUGAUUUGAUACUAUUUUACUAAAUUGUGAUAGGUUAAUCGAGUAGCCAGUUGGUUCUAUCUAGUAUAUCUGAUGGUAGUAGUAUAAAUACUGGGCAUAUCACUUUGCCUUACGAAUUCUAAAAUAGCAGUGUUCAACGGAAAAUUUACAUUUUCUUUUAUCAACUAGACAUAUUUAGGCUCGGUACCUUUAAGUAAAUGUUUCCAAGGGAAGGAUUUUGCAAGCGGACACAGAUCAAACAACAUGGGCAUCAACUUGUUACUUUUUGCUCUUUUAGUUUUAAAUAAACAGCUCACAUUUGUUUACUGUGUGAGAAGAUUUUAAACAACUGUUAAUUCUGACUGACAGUUGAAAUUGUCGUAGUUAUUUUAUUUUGUUAGUUAUCGAUAUGAGAUUGCUAUUUUUGGCUUGUUUAAGUCCAAAAACAGGAAAUUGUACCACAGCCGAAAGGAUCAGGAAACACAUAGAAUCAGCGGGUCACAUAUGUGUUCUUCGAGAUAUAGUGGACUUCCAUUCUCCCGCUGAAGUUACAAGUUUGGUGUCGGGAGAGCCAUCUUUUGAAGGGGCACUUGCCAUUCACCUAUAUAAAGGAGGCAGACUUCUCCUUGGCAGCAAGGCCCCGUACGGAAUCAUCUUUGGAGGAACAGACCUCAACCAGGACGUGAAAGAUGAGAAGAAACGUGCAGUGAUGGAACAGGUGCUGAAGAAAGCAAGGUUUGCUGUUGCAUUCUCCUACAAAAUGAAGGAAGAGGCUGAAGUCUUCUGGCUGUCCCAGAGCAGCAAAAUCUAUAUCCAGCCCCAAGGCAUCGAGACCGGGGCCGCGCCGAGCUUCAGCUGGAGGGCCUUCCUGAAGAGUUCAGGUGUGAAUGGCACAGGUGUGGAGGAUCUGCACGUUUUCCUCCUGGUCUGUGGCCUUAGGAGAGUGAAGGACCCUCUUUACCUAGUGGAGGCAUUCUCAGAGUGGCAUGCAGAGGAUCCAUCUGUCAUCCUGAUCAUCAUCGGACCAAAGAUCGAUCCUGUGUUCACUGGGGAGGUGGAAGUGAAUGUUGAAAGAGCGCAGGGUGUCUACCUCACCACGGAAAGGAGUCAGGAGGAGCUUCACGCUGCCCUGAAGAUGUGCUUUGCACUGGUCAACAGCUCCGUCUCAGAAGGGAUGUCGGCCGCCAUUUUGGAGGCCAUGCACCUGGGGGUUCCUGUGGUGGCCAGGGACAUCCCGGGGAACGCCGCGAUCAUCCGCCACGAGGACACGGGGCUGCUGUUCGCCACCCCUCAGGAGUUUGUCACCAUGUCCAAGAGGCUGCUGGAAGAUCGCCCCCUGCUGGAGAGCAUCGUGAGUAACGGGAAGCGGUACGUGGAGAAGUUCCACAGCUUGGCGGAGGAAAGGAUCGUCUACCAGAAGCUGGUGGAGCUCCUUCUCUGAGCACAGAAGAAAAAAAAAACAAAAAAAAAAACGGUUUACCUACUCUUCACAGCGCUGCUCCUUUCGAGACUGAUCACUGCCUGGCAUGAACAGCAGGGUACCGAUGGCCAUUCACACACAGUUGAAGGGGCAGUCAGUUGUUCACCAUUUGCUCAGGAUAAGGCCUUCCCUAUCACUAAAAAGCUGUAAAUGUGUCAUAUCAGGGAAGAGUCACUGUGGACCGUAGUGUGUCCAAGGACUUUUUUGUACAGUAAAAUUUCUCUAUUUCCAGGGAUAAUGACAGGAAAUGUAGCUCUAACUUUCUUUUUAUCUUACAAUUGAUAUUUUUUAAUAUACAUCACAAUAAAACAACUUGAUUUCUAAGACACACAAGAUGCAAGAUAAUAUAGGACUACUGUGUAUGAAAACAGUUCAAUAUUAAAUGCGUAAGCAGCUGAAUAAAUCUAUUAUGGUGCUACUGUAGUGUUUAUUGCAAGCAUUUUCGAUCUUGAGAAAAACCCUUAUGUACUUUUGGACCGUAUUUGCUGAUGUUGUUUUAUAAAUUGGCGUGCAAAUAGCUGUUUUAUAUAUGCCUUUUUUGACAUGCCGAGGUAAAAAUUAUUCAUGAUUGAGUUUGA